GGUAAAAUGACGAGCGAUGGUGGCUUCAGCCCAGUCUAGACGCAGAGCCGGGCCUGUCUCAGGAUCUGCUGGAAAAACCCAAUGAAGGGUGAUAGCGUUGCCCUCGUAACGGGUCUGCAGGCGCACGGGGCUUCAUUAAGCAAAGGUCUCGGCCCUGCGACGGGGUGCUGAGGAGAGGCUGGCGCCCAGGAGGAGCCCACCCUCGAGACAGCCGCUGCCGACGCAACGUCCCUGCCCACCGGGGGACAGAUGCCACGCGGAUGCCUGGAAGGACGGCGAGAGGGAAGACAGUUUGGCAACGACGUGUCGCCAGCUUUGUGGCAACGACGUGCGAGCUUCAGCCGCGGGGCUGCGAGCCCAAAACCAGCACGCCGAGACGACACGGGAGCAAGGCGGCGCCACGCCAUGCCGGCUCCCACAUUGUCACACGGCCUCUCCCGGCUUCUGGGAGGUUUUUCACCAGCCCCACGUUGUUGCUACACCUAUUCCUUCCUGUUUAAAGCUCCCCAGAAGAGACGUGGCGGGUGUUUCCCAAGCGGCUCGCCGUGCCUCCCCAGCAGAUGGGACCGGAGGACAAACCCAAGCCACGCAGACCACCAACCCCACGAACAGAGCAUCCGACCGAGCGGAUUUUGCUGUUGGCAGCUGCAAUAUGGAAGAUUCGCUCAGGACCUUGCUGGGCAGGAUGGAAGCCGGGCAGAUCCAGCGCUGGUGAUGCUUGGCACGGCAGCAUUCGUGCACGUCAGGAGUGGGGACAAGCAUCAGGAAAGGGAUGGCAGUGCCCGGGGCUCCUCCUGCGGUGUCGGGGGAGAAAGCCUCAGCCCUGCUUUGUGGCUGUUAUCAAACCCAGUCCAGCUUGAGGACACGGCGCUUGAAGGACGGGCGUAGCUGGGACACUCCUGGCUCUGUCUCCCCAGGGCAUCCCACAGCAGAAGGGUCUGCGACGUCCCUGCCGCUCCUGUUCGCCACUCCACGGCGCUUUUGCAGCCCAAUCGCCGCCCAGCAGAAAAUACCGAGGCACAGCAAAACAUCCCUUCGAAAGGGAAUCUUGUUUUAUUAAGAAGAAAAAAAAAGUGGGUUACUUUUACCCUCCUGCCACGGUGGCUAACGCUCUCAUGGGGAGCUCCAGAGUCUUGACCAGAUGCUGCAAAACAUCCCCCCGCGUGGGGCACAGCCCUCGCCCCUGGGAAACGGUGCUCUCGGGCAUGGCUGGGCUCCCUUCGCCCGCCCCACGAUACCAGUUAAGCGAUUUGCUCCUGGUGGAAAGUGCUUGCUGACCCAGCAGGCUGGAGCCGCUCCUUUAACAGUUUCCUGGCUGCUGGAGACGCUUUUCCAGGUUUCAGAAGUGCCUGCGGAAAAACGUGAAGGAGGAAUCCCCUGCUAUCAGCUGCUCUCCUGGCACUACGAUCCUUCAUUUCCAGAGAUAAGAGACAGAGCGAGACGCUCGCUCUCCUGCGUUCCCCCGCGCUGCCUGGACCUGGAGAAUUGCCGCUCUCGCCAAAGGAGCGUGAUGGGGGCACCGGCAGGCUCCCAGCUGGCAGACCCCCGGGAAGCUUGCAGGGAGGCAGUCGGAAUAAUCAGUCUUUGCCCUUCUCCAGUGCCUUUCAGCCGAGGAUCUCAAAGCACGCUGAUCCGGAGGCUAAUUAGGCAGAAACGGGAACAGCUGGCAGGACAGCGGCGGGAUGCGAAGCGGCCUCGAUGGCUGCUCGCACCGCAGAGCAGUGGGCUGAAGGUUGCGCAUCCAUCUCUGCUCUACCCUGGGAUUAACUCUUACUUGCCUCCCGUCUCCCUAAAAUCGUUGUUGAUGCUCUGGGUCCAUCCCAGGCGGAUGCAGAGCUCGCCCUCUGGCAGCCGCAGGUUGGUGAUUAAGACGAUGACUUAUUUUCCAGGCAGGAUUGGUCCGACGCUCUGGGCAGGGGGUGGAGAACCCGAGCCCUGAUCCUCGUACUCUCACUGGUUUGGGGAGCAGAGCAAAAACUGGGGGCUCCGACCCCUUUUGCCUGAGCAGGGCUUUGCGGGAGCGAGCCUCAGUUCCCCGGGCAGGUUUCACCACCCACAGCUGAAUGGGGGCUCGCAGCGGCCCGGCCGAGGCUCGUGAUGGCCACCCUGCCCACUCAAAGGCGGCUGUGGGGCCGAAGCUGGCAGGCGGGUCCUCCUGCCUUCAGGCACAGCUUUCCCGGAGAAGCUGAGCAGGAUCAGGUUCCUGCCUGUGGAUUAGGAGGUCCAUCCCGGGGACCACAGAAAUGCUCCUCCCCACUCCGAACACCGACCUUUCGGCUUUGGGAGCGUCCUGCAGCAACAAACUCCACGUGCUCAUCACCCAUCACACUUCUUUCAGGGAUUCCAAGUUUCCCUGCUCUUUCCAGAGCAGCUCCGUGUCUCAGCGGUCUCCUAAAUCCAUGGAAAUGAUUUUUUUUUUUUUUUUUUGUAGGCAACGCAGACACAGCGGGGCUGGGAAGCUGGAGAGCGUGGCGUGGCAGUGACACUCCUGCAGCCGCUCUGCCCGUCUUCCCAUCCCUCCUGGCACAAGCUCCCCGCGCUGCUCCCGUCCCCAGGCCCAGCGCUCAAACAAAUGGUCUCUUCCCACUGCCGCAGGUUCCUGUGCUUGAGAAAAACCACGGGAGGAGACAGCGGGGGUGGACAAACAGUUAGAAGGCGAGCGCUAAAGGCCAUCGACAGGAAUUAGAUACUCUGUCCUCUCCGUGACCAAGUGCCCACCUUGAUGGGCAGAGGGCGGGGAGGCUGUGGGAUACGUCUCCGUUACAGACAUAAACCUUUCCCUCCCCCCACGCAAUGAAAACCGCAUCAAUAGAUCCCCCAUCUGCUCACAUACAUCACACACUUCACUCCAGUUUAUUAGCUGGAAUAAAUCAUAAAUAUUUCAUUAUACAUCAACGACGCUCGACUCCGGGAAGGCGCAAUCCAUCACCUCGACACUCCUUGCGACCUGCCGCCGUGCAAUAAGCUUUCCAGUCUAUUAAACAAGAUUGAUACAGUGUGCUAGGAUGGACUAGGGGAAUUUAUUUACGGAGCACUGGGAGAGGGAGGGCACCGAAUGCGUGGUGCAUGGGCAAACGGGAGCUGCUCCCAUUAGCCCCUUGGACCAGGC